AUCAAGGGCAAGCAGAUGGCAUUGGCCGCCCUCACCCAGAGUCCGCUCGACGUGACGACCACGACGGUGCGCCUGUCGGACGAUGAUACGACCACAGUGUCACCGACGCUAGCGAGCGUCCGAUUCCGGGUGAGCGAAGAGUUUGUCACUGGGCGUUCACCAGUGGCUCCAGCCGUCACUGUGGCUGAUACUGCAGAGCAGGACGAGAACCACCUACCAUCCGGGCCCGGAACGUCCGAAACGCCACCGACGAGAGGUAAACAUCCACAGCUUGUACCUCAGCCGGAGGACGACACAAACAACUCCGUUGACGAUGUUGUCCCAAGCCGGGCGGCAUCGGAUGAUGAUACGGGAGUAGCCAUUUUUCCCACGGUAGAAAUAAAGCAGCUUGCCCUCAACCCGGUGCUGCCGGUGGUGAAAGAUGCACCGGAACAGCGGAUGCGUCCGAUCAAGGGUGUCGCCUCGCGUAUACGACCCGAUCUGAGCAACACGCACAUUCGCACCGAUCCGGUGGCACCUGGACGUUUCCCGGAAACCGUUACAUCACCGCCGCCGCCCAGUGCCGCCAUCAACGGGAGCCCAACGAUAUCAUCGUUCCUGUUGGCCACAUCGACGGCGCGCGAGCGAUGGACACCAUCGGCCAGUCUUGUCGAACGUCAUCGGGAGCAACUGCAGCAGAAACAACAGUCCCUGGUGAUGGCCUCCACCGAACAGGCGCCGAUGGCGGACGAGCUCGUGGCAAGACCACGUCCGGUCGAGUCGAGCUCGUCGCUUCCGGAAGCGGAAGCGAUGGUGGGUCCCGAGCGUCACCAUCUGUUGCGAGUGCCAAAGCUGAAGCCGAGAAUCGCCAUCAAACCACGGCUUCCGAAUGCUGUGGCCGCAACGGCAGCAGGAGUGGAGCACCCAUCGACGGCCCCGCCGGUGCCGAAGGUAACGGAGGAAGAGCCCGACCGUUUCAAUCUGUCUGACGUUGAGUUAACUGAUGACAGCGGCGCCCAAGACAGCAGCAAGAAUAGCUCUACCUCUACCAGUCAAUCACGGCGUCAGCAGCGCUUAAACGACGACGAACCGGAAUUGAAUAUUAUCGAAAAGUUUACCUCGUUCGCGGACCCUCCGUCGGCACCGUCUUCGGCUUCCUCGCCCGUCGGUCAGGAUGAUGAGGAUGCGGAACAGGCAGUCGCGGAAUUGAUCGGUCGCAUUAGCGAGCACACGCAACGCUCGUUCACGGACAGUUUGGAGGACUUUUACCGUGACGUCACGGAGAGCAAUCCAUCGCUGUUUAACGACCUGUCGCCGGUCGCCAGCUCGGACGAUCGGCGGGAGCUGCUCGAGUUGAUGGAAGACCGAAGGAUCGGGUCUCGGCUAGCGAAGGUCCUAUCGCAGCGCAACAUGACCUUGGAGCAGUUGCUGGAGCACCGCCGUCGGGGCUCGAGCCAACUGCACCUGGCCGAGAUCGCAAAUGGGAAGGUGAAACCGAUCGACGACAAGAUCGACAUCGUGACGGCGUUCGAGCACUUUCCGCGCUUCAACAUCGGCAACCUGCGCAGCAUCCGGCCGGAUGACAUCAAGCUCGAUUCGCAGGGUUUCAGCUACUUCACGUCCAUCAUCAACAUCCGGCCGUCGGCGGAUGACGGGUACAAGGAAGCACGGGCACUGCACGCGGGUCGCCAGUGGAACAGACGGCACCCGGCGGCAGUCGCCGAGGGGCCCUCGGUGUAUCCGGCCAACCACCGCAGCAGUGAUGGUCAUUUUUUAGCGAAAGGCGGAUCGAAGGAUAGGCUGCUCGUGCCUUCGAGAAUAUCCGCCGCCACCGGUCCGUACGAGCGGCCGAGAGAACAAAGCGAGGAACAGAUGGUCGCGGGAGACAGCGAUCUGCUGGACCUGGAGCUGUCGGGGCACGGCUUUCAGCACCAGCACCACCCCGGUGGCUCGGUAAUGAUCGAGAGCACCUCGAUGCCGGCCGGUGUGCGAUCGGCCAUCGUGGCCAGUUCCGCCAUCGUCGGUGUGUCGUUGGCCAUCUUCAUCAGCAUCUACGUCGUCUGCAGGUUGCGCCAGCGGCGACGCAGCAAACUGAACUACACGGAAAAUUUCAACAUGGCCAAGGGUCGGCUGCCGAUCAUCCACAGUGCGACGACGGACGGGCGCAAGAGUUCCGCAUCCGGCCGAUCGAACGUCAGCAGCAUCGGGACGGAACAGCAGGUCAUCUACACGACGCACCGCGCCCUGAUGACGGGCGGCCAGUCAGAUAGUGGAAGACCGACUGAUACGAUGGAUUCGAACAACUCGCUAGAUGUGCAGGACUACCUUUGGGACCGCAAACCAUUCCAGUAGAGAUCAACCGAGGGUCCAGGCGAUCCGAACGGCGAUCUUAUCCGGUUAUGGUGACGAUCCUUUCUUAUCCAAGAUUGGCCUUAUCUAACCCGAAGGAUCCCGAGCGUCGCAACUCCUGGAACCUCAUCUCUGAUCUCGAACACCGAAGGAAGUGGCCACAUGUGUGUGUGUAUGUGUGGAUUGGUGUGUGC